UGCUGGCCAAUGUUCGGUGAUCAUCAUCAUCUCCUGGUUCUCUAAAAGUGUGUGUGUAUAUACUGCUUGUGACUCUGGUGGUAGUGAAUAUUGUAAACGGAUGAGAGAUAUCACCAUACACUAACAGUCAACUUACGACUGUUGAUCGACGUAGAGCCGUCUCUCUAUUAAAUAAAACAAAGUGUGCACAUUGUUAUAAUCGAGAAUUCUUCUAUUGUAUAGCCCAACAAUUCCUGCUAACUGAUUAUUCGUAUUUAGGGUUCCACUGAAUUAUUUUUUUUUUGAACAAUGAAUUUUUAAAAGUUCUUGUGAGUUUUAAGUUUUUGAUUUUUUGUUGACUAAAAAAAUCCAGCCAAAUUUUGUGUCAGUUUUCCCAAAAAAAAAAAAAAAAAGUUUUGCCAAAAUGUGGAAAUCAUUUGUGUUUGGAUUUAUUGUUAUGUUUACAUUAUCGGAUGUGUAUUCGCAAUAUUCACCCACAACCGCUGUUUCGUUGUCAUCAACCCAACAAUCGCAAAAUCCAAGCGUUCCAUGCCCAAAAAAAUGUUUGUGUUUCCGUAAAACUGUACGAUGUAUGUUUCUACAUUUGGAUCGUAUACCAAAAAUACCGGUCGAAACUACAAUAUUAGAUUUACGAUUCAAUAAAAUUCGUGACAUACCGGCUGGCACAUUUCGUGGCUUAAAACAUCUGGACACACUUCUAUUAAAUAAUAAUAUGCUGACAUCAUUACGUGAUGGUGCAUUUGCUGGUUUAACAUCAUUACGUUAUCUAUACUUGUACAAGAACCGGAUUUCACAUAUUGAUCCAGCGGUCUUUCAAGGAUUACCACGUCUAGAACAAUUAUAUCUACAAGGAAACCAAAUACAUGAAAUAGACAGUUAUCUUUUUCGAAAUUUAUUUCGAUUGAAACGUUUAUUCCUACACAAUAAUAGAAUUACACAUAUUCCUUCAGGAUCCUUUAAAGAUAUGCCAGCAUUAAAACGAUUACGUUUAGAUUCAAAUGCUUUGGUUUGCGAUUGUGGAUUAAUGUGGCUGGUUAAAAUGUUGAAUGUAUCUUCCGUACAAGCUGCAGCCACUUGUCAAACCCCCAACGAUAUGAAUGGAAAAUCUAUAAAUGGAAUGAUGGAAUCUGAUUUCAAAUGUCAUAAACCAAAAAUUAUGGAAGGUCCACAUGACGUUGAAGUAAAGUGGGGUGGUACAGCGAAAUUCACAUGCCGAGUUGCAGGUGAUCCAACACCGGAAGUAGUAUGGAUGAAAAAUUCUACUAAACUCGAACCAGAUAAUCGAAUUAGUAUCCUACCCGAUGGAUCGUUACAAAUUGAUGAAACCAAAGACGUGGAUAUUGGUGAAUACGAAUGUAUGGCUAAAAGUGACAUGGGCGAAGCAAAAUCAAGACCAGCGCGAAUGGUUGUGGAUGGCAGACCACAACCAAGAGAUGUUCACAAACCAGAAUUUGUACUUACACCCGAGGAUCAAGAUGUUCAAAUCGGGGAACAUACAGUUCGAUUAGAAUGUCGUGCCAAAGGUAUUCCUGCACCUACCGUUGUUUGGUCAAGAAAUGGUGUUAUAUUAGCACCAAAUCCACGGUAUACUGUAACUCCUGAGGGUACAUUGGUUAUUCAGAACAUUGAACGUGGUGAUUUUGGAACAUACCGUUGUGAGGCCUCAAAUAUUUUGGGAAAAAUUUCAACAACUGCACAAAUUCGCAUCAAUGGAUCAUUACCAAAGAUUGCACCAGCCUUCACGGUACAUCCAGAAAAUUUGACAGUAAAGACAGGAGCAGAUGCACACAUCGAAUGCAUAGCAUCGGGAUCUCCUAUACCUGACAUCAAAUGGUAUAAAAAUGGACGCUUAAUAACUACCACAGCUCGAAUUUCUAUUGAGCCAGAUGGAACACGAUUAGUAAUUAGCCAUACCAAAGAAUCCGAUUCUGGCCAAUAUAUAUGUAAGGCCACAAAUUUCCUAGGAUCAAAAGAAACAAGCGCAUAUCUAACUGUACAAAGCUUAAAACAACAGCCACCUAAAUUGAAAAUUAAACCAUACGAUAUCGAAGCAAUUCCAGAAAGUACAGUUGAAAUUCCUUGUCGCGCAGAAGGCAUACCAAAACCCGAUAUUCAAUGGAAGAAAGACGGUUCUUCGCUUGAUAGAUUUGAAUUUCGUUAUCGUGUAUCACCAGCUGGCAGUUUAUUUAUUUCUAAUGUUACUCGCAGAGAUGCUGCCAGAUUUGAAUGUACAGCUACAAACGAAAAUGGGCGCAUAUCUGCAUCAGCAGUAUUAACAGUGAAAAAUUCUGAAAUUUUAGCUCCUGGCGACCGAUUUGUUCGAAUAUCGUUUGCCGAAGCUACUCAAGAAGUUGAUAAAGCAAUCAAUAACACAAUUAACACUUUAUUUAAUCAAAAAUCAGGGAAGCAUAAUCCAUCAGAUCUAUUCCGAUUAAUUCGAUUCCCAGAUGCACCCACUCGAGAAUUGGCUAGAGCUGCUGAAAUUUAUGAUCGCACAUUAAUUAAUAUUCGAAAACAUGUCGACGCUGGUAUGGUUAUUAAUCACACAGCAAAUUACGAUUACAAAGAAAUUUUAUCACCCGAUCACCUAGAUUUGGUAGCAAGAUUAUCUGGUUGUAUGGCACAUCGAUUAAUGCCGAAUUGCACAAACAUGUGUUUCCAUAAAAAGUAUCGUUCAUUUACCGGCACAUGUAACAAUUUGCAAAAUCCAACAUGGGGUGCUUCGAAUACAGGUUUUCGACGAAUUUUAAAACCAAUUUAUGAAAAUGGUUUUAGCACUCCAAUUGGGUGGAAUAAGGGAAUUAAAUACUAUGGCUUUGAGAAACCAAGUGCCCGAUUAGUUUCAACCACUGUCAUUUCCACAGACAAGAUUUCUUUGGAUGAAUACAAUAGUCACAUGCUUAUGCAAUGGGGACAGUUUUUGGAUCAUGAUUUAGAUCAUGCUACACCUUCGGUGAGUUCAGAAAGUUGGGAUGGAAUUGAUUGUAAGAAAUCUUGUGAUUAUGCUGCACCUUGUUAUCCAAUGGAAGUACCACCUAAUGAUCCUCGAAUAAAAAAUCGCCGUUGUAUUGAUUUUAUAAGAUCUUCUGCCGUUUGUGGAUCGGGUAUGACUUCUGUCUUCUUCGAAAAUGUCCAACCACGAGAACAAAUUAAUCAGUUGACUUCGUACAUCGAUGCAUCUCAAGUUUAUGGAUUUAACGAUGAAUUAGCUAGAAUUUUACGGGAUCAAACAACGAACGGCGGGAAAUUACGUGUAGGAAUUGAACAACCAAAUCGAAAACCACUUUUACCAUAUGCUGGAAAUGAAGGAAUUGAUUGUCGCCGUGAUCCUGAGGAAAGUGAUAUCAACUGUUUUGCUGCUGGAGAUAUUCGAGCCAAUGAGCAAGUUGGUUUACUUGCUAUGCACACUUUGUGGAUGAGGGAACAUAAUCGAUUAGCCACAGAAUUACGAAAAUUAAAUCCUACAUGGAAUAGUGAUACUUUGUACCACGAAGCAAGGAAAAUAGUUGGAGCACAAAUGCAACACAUUACAUAUAAACAUUGGCUGCCGCAUAUUUUAGGUAAAGAUGGUAUGGAACUAUUAGGAACAUACAAGGAAUAUAAUCCAAAUAUCAAUCCCACAAUAUCGAAUGUAUUUGCAACUGCUGCACUAAGAUUUGGACAUUCAAUGAUUAAUCCAAUUUUACAACGGCUUAAUUCAUCAUUUCUACCAAUUCCACAAGGACAUUUACCAUUACACAAAGCCUUCUUUUCACCUUGGAGAUUAGUUGACGAAGGUGGUAUUGAUCCACUGUUACGAGGACUCUUUGCAACUGCUGCCAAGUUGAAAAAACCAAAUGAAAAUUUGAAUUCCGAUUUAACAGAACAUUUGUUCACAGUUGCACAUGCUGUAGCAUUAGACUUGGCGGCAAUGAAUAUCCAACGAUCACGAGAUCACGGUAUUCCCGGAUACUUAGAAUAUCGUGCAUAUUGUAACUUGUCGAAAGUUGAAACGUUUGAUGAUUUACGAAACGAUAUUAAGGAUCAUAAUAUUCGACAAAUUUUACAAAAUUUAUAUGGUCAUCCAGGAAAUAUUGAUGUAUGGGUUGGAGGUAUUCUGGAAGAUCAAUUAGAAGGCUCCAAAGUAGGGCCACUAUUUAGAUGUUUAUUAAUCGAACAAUUCCGACGAUUACGAGACGGUGAUCGAUUCUGGUAUGAAAAUCCCGCUACGUUUAAACCAGAACAGCUAACACAAAUUAAACAAGCGAGCUUAGCACGAGUUUUGUGCGAUAAUGGUGAUGAAAUUAAUGACGUUACACAUGACGUGUUUGUCUUACCAAAACGACAAGGUGGUUUUGUUGAAUGUUCAAAAAUACCUAGAAUUGAUUUACGUAUGUGGAGUUCAUGUUGCGCCGAUUGUCAGGAUUCAUCAAUCUUCGAUAGCGGUAUCACAACUCGACGACCUCGACGUGAACUCAAUGUUUCAUAUCCCGAAGAUAAACCAUUAUUUUACGAAAAUUCCACUAUUACAGAUGAUCCUUCAGAAAAUUUAAUAACCGAAGAACGAAUUGAAGGUAUUGAAGGAGUUGUAGAUGGUUUACAAAAAACAAUUAAACAAUUACGGAAACAAAUGCGUAAAUUAGAACAACAAUGUGUUGACAAUAAAAGUUUCAAACAUGGCCACUGUGUCGAUGACAAGGGCAGUAAACGCUUAAAUGGUGAAAUAUGGCAGAAAGAUGAUUGCACAAAAUGUCGAUGUGAAAAACAUCAAAUCAAUUGUAUAACACGAGAAUGUGCCAAACCGAAUUGUACAAAUCCAACUAAAGUAUUAGGAAAAUGUUGUUUAACUUGUCCGGCAGCUUAAGAAUUUCAAAGGACAAUUUUUGUUGACAAAAUUUUAUUCAAAACGAAUAAAAACAUAUAUAAUAAAAAAACAUUUUAAAAGUGUUUCAUAAAACCACCGAUCAGUAAUUUCAAAGAAAUUACUUUUAUAUUUUGUUUGUUGACUAGAUGACAAACAAAUUGUUUAAAAACAAGUCUCGAUCUUCAUCACAAACACAGUACCAUUAUUAUUACAAUAAUUUUUAAAAAGAAAAAAAAAAGUUAGUGGAU